GUGGGCUGGUAGCUGUGGGUCUUUGUUGAGGGGCAGCGGUGGUGGCGGAUCUCUCAGGCUGCAGUCCGGGCUUUGUUCGCCCCGAGGCAGCGCUCAGCUGAGGGAAAGCCUCCCUGACGUCACCUCAGAUUUUCAAAACACAGGAGAGAGAGAGAGAAAGAGAGUAAGUCAGACAGACAGAGAGAGAAACAGACAGAGAGAGAGAGAAAGAGAGAGAAAGAGAGAGAGAGAGAGAGAGAGAGAGAGAGAGAAGGAUGCAGAGCGGAGGAACCGAGGCUAAGGAACGUGUCAUAAAGGUUUUUUUAAGUUAGGAAGCUGAAUACAGAACCAGCGUGCUCUCAUCUGGAAAGUUGUGAGACAACAGACGCCCCUUCAACAUGUGGAGAGCGCGCCCCCUGCUGGUGCUGCUGCUGCACGUGGUCGCAGAGAUCCACGCGCUGCGAUACUCCAAUGGUUAUUACUAUCAAAUAAUUGAGAAUGGAAAAGCCAACGGAGAGAUCUAUUUCAAUGGGAUCCGUCUUCACGUGGAAUCUCCAGAAUCAUCAGUGUCUGCCAUGCAGGGAAGCAACGUGACCCUUCCCUGUCAUUACCGGUACGUGCCGGAGCUCAGUACGCCCCGCCGCACAAGAGUCAAAUGGUUUUGGCAGCCGGCUACAGGUGGAGGGCCCGAGAAGGACGUGAUGGUGGCAUUAGGCUCACGGCACAGGAGUUACGGGGACUUUAGAGGACGUGUUCGCCUGCGCCGGAGCGCCCCAGGUGAUGCCUCACUGGUCAUAAACCCACUGCUGAUCGAUGAUAAGGGCCGCUAUCGCUGUGAGAUCAUCGACGGCCUGGAGGAUGAGAGCGUCAUUGUGGAGCUUGAGUUCAGAGGUGUGGUGUUCCCUUAUUACUCCCCCAGGGGGCGUUACCAACUGACCUUCCAGGAGGCUAACGAGGUCUGUGAACAGCAGGGUGCCUGCCUGGCCACCUUUGAACAGCUGUUUGCAGCCUGGGAGGACGGUCUGGACUGGUGUAAUGCUGGCUGGCUGGCUGAUGGGACGGCACAGUACCCCGUUUCCGUCCCCCGAGAAGCCUGUGGUGGAACAGAACUUGCAGCAGGUGUAAGGAGUUACGGAUUGCGCCACAAAACCCUCGACCGGUUCGACACCUUCUGUUUCACUUCUUCUAUAAGAGGAGAGGUCUACUUUCUGGAUCACCCACUUAAGCUGAACUUCACCGAGGGGGUGGAUGCGUGUGUGCAGGACGGUGCUCACAUUGCUAAAGUAGGUGAGCUCUACGCUGCCUGGAGGUUUGUGGGGCUGGACCAGUGUGACGCGGGGUGGUUGGCUGACGGGAGUGUGCGAUACCCUAUCACACAUCCCAGGCCGAACUGCGGUCCUCUGGAACCCGGGGUGAGGAGCUUCGGCUUCCUUCCUCACCAUUUAAAAUAUGGAGUGUACUGUCACAAAGUCAGAUGGUAAGAUUCUAAUGCAGACCUGUGGCCACUUGCAUAAAACAUCUUCAGUGUUUAUCUUAAGUUAAACUAUUAAUUGAAUGGAACUACUAUUGUGUUUUUGUGGGUUACAACAGGAUAUGCUACGCUAACAGUGUGGCUUCUCCCAUUCUAAACUAAAGAAGCUCAAGUGUCUGAUAUCAAACAUGUUUUGGUUGACUGAAUGCCUCUUGGGCUUGAUGAUCAAUAUUUUUUUAAUGUAAUUUUUAUUUCUGAACUUUUCUUUGAAACCCUUUUAUUUAUGGGGUCUUCUUGGGCAUUAUCACAAAAACAUAAUCCGUGUAGUUAACACAGCAACCAAGACAAGCCCUUAGCAAAUCAGCUAUAUCUUGGGUAAAAUAAAAAUAAUUUAUAUUACAUAACCAUUCCUUUAAAAGCAUACUGAGUGUUUGUUCGCACAAGCCCACACAGAGCCACCAUGGCACAUGUUGUGCCCUAAACAUUGACAAGUCUGUGCAACCUUAUGAAGACCUGGAUGAGGUUUGAGCAGGUUGUGAGUAGUGUGUGGGCAUUUAUUACAAAAAGCUUUUGGGUGCUUGUUGAUUUCUAGUGUUGUCGUUAGCCUUAUGACUCCAGUUUAAAAAGGUAAGAAGCAAAAUUUGGCCCAGAAAAUUGCCUGACUGAUGGACAAAAUAUAAAAUUCAGUAUAAUGGAUUGUUGUGACAAACCAAUGCCAAACACAUUAAGUAUUUCUCUUUGCCCUUGCUCAAGAUGUUUUAUGGAAGUGGCCACUAGUCCUUAGCUAGUCAUUAAAUGCACAAAAAACAAAUUCCUGAAGAUGGUGAAGAAGAGGCGUAACAAAUGAAGUGAGUCUGAGCCGUUCCCGCACUUACAUCCUAGCUAAUCCGCUAGCAUUUUAGAAGUAUACUAGUUUUGCUGUUAGCAGAUCUGAGAGGUCUGUCUUCUCCAUCAUUUUCCCUGUGUUUAUACUACAUAUAUUCAUAGGGUUAAAAAAAAGUGUUUCUCGUGGAGCAGUUCUGUACAAACUUCAUCAAAAGAUUGUCUCUUAAACAACAAAUAAUUGGACCAUACUUUAAAACACAUAACAUAUGUAAGAUAUGUGUUUAACCAUUACAAGAAAGAUAUACGGAUGACAAACCAAACCAUGGACAAAAGACUGUUACUUUUUUAAAGGUUUUAUGAAAAACAUUGAUAUUUCCCCCUUUCUAAGUACUGCAAUCCUUUGAGUACUUUGUUUAUUUUAACUACCUGUAUUUAUCUAAUACUGCCUGCAUGAUGUUUUACUUUUAAUUAAAAAACAUCAUGCAAAUAUCACUUUCUGUAUUCUUUAAGUCAAUAAAUGUUUUUUUGUUAUCUAAAUUCUAAA